AAUGCAAUUACACUGCCCCGCACCACUAUGUUUCCAACGACCAUGCUUUUUCCUCAUCGUCCUCCUCCGAGCAACAGCCGCAGCAGCAUUCCUCCUUCUCCGACCCCGCGCGCGCCUCUACACGCGGAAUCUCCCCAGCGACAUGUCAUAGCACAUUGUGGCACUUCAUGGAACACGCCAGGAAUAUCUGAAACUGAAGCUACAAUAACUGAAUCUUCAGUAGCUGUCCAAGGUGGUACCGCCCCUCUGGUUCAGGCGCUGAAAUCAACUGCAGCUCAAGACGUGUCCUGCUUUCACUUUCCAGGGCACAACCGAGGGAAAGCUGCCCCGUCUUCCUUGCUGAAUCUUAUUGGCACGAGAGCGUUUUCGCAUGACCUGCCCGAGCUACCUGAGCUUGAUGACCUCUUCUACCCUAGGGGUGUGAUUUUGGAUGCUCAGAACCAGGCGGCUCAACUGUUUGGAUCAUCGAAAACAUGGUUCCUGGUCAAUGGGAGUACCUGUGGAAUCCAGGCCGCAGUGAUGGCUACCUGCUCCCCAGGUGACUUACUCAUUGUUCCUCGAAACUGCCACAUUUCAGUGAUCUCUGCACUGGUUCUGUCUGGUGCGGUGCCUAAGUAUAUAGUACCAGAGUACAAUUCUGAGUGGGACAUUGCUGGUGGUGUCACGCCGUCACAGGUUGAUAGAGCACUGAAGGAACUUGAGAAGGAUGGGGAAAAAAUAGGUGCUGUUCUUGUUACCUCACCGACCUAUCACGGCAUAUGCAGCAAUGUGCAAGGCAUCGUUGAUGUUUGUCAUCCGUUACACAUUCCAGUGAUAGUUGACGAGGCACAUGGUGCGCAUUUCAGGUUCCAUGACAGUUUUCCAAGCACAGCGAUUGAGCAAGGUGCUGACUUGGCUGUGCAAUCCACACAUAAGGUUCUGAGCUCGCUUACACAGUCCUCGAUGCUUCACAUGGCUGGAGGUCUCAUCGAUGCUGAUAAAGUGAGCCAAUGCCUCCAGUUGCUCCAGAGCUCAAGCCCAAGUUACCUCCUCCUGUCAUCUUUAGAUGCUGCAAGAGCUCAGUUGAGCGAGAACAUGAAAUCUUUUGAUGAGACAGUGGCUAUGGCUUUAGAAACAGAUGACCAGCUGAGGCUAAUCCCAGGGAUAUCUGUCCUGGACUUGUCAAGCUUUGUUUCUGACUUCCCUGCUAUUGAUCCCUUGCGUAUCACACUAAGUGCUUCAGAUCUACAUUUAUCUGGAUACGAAGCAGAUGAUGUUUUCGCUGAAGAGCAUCAAAUUGUAUCUGAGCUUGUCGGUACAAAGGCAGUGACAUUUGCAGUCAACUUAGGGACCAGACGACAAGAUGUUGAAAAGCUUGUACAGUGUGCAAAUCAUCUUUCAGAAAAAUACUUCUCUGCAAAUGAAUCCAGAGUUGGAAAACAUAGUUAUAUCGGUAGCCCAUUAGAUAAGUUUUCUGUCAAGCUGACUCCAAGAGAGGCCUUCUUUACAAAGAAAAGAAGAGUGUGCCUUGAGGACAGCCUUGGCGAGAUUUGUGGUGAGCUUAUCUGCCCAUAUCCACCAGGUAUCCCGGUGCUGAUUCCUGGUGAGAUCGUAACACAGGAUUCCAUGUCUUACUUAAUGAACAUCAGAGACCAGGGCAUAACAAUCAGUGGUGCAGCUGAUGUUGAACUCAAGUCUAUUAUGGUAUGCAGUUUGUGAUAACUAUGUGACAGACAUAUUUCGAUGGUUCGCAGACUUAUGAAUCAUUAUCUGUCUGCAUAGUAUAAGGUAUGAUAACCACAGAUCAUCCCAAGCAGAGCACGGUCAGGUUCUUCUUUCAGCAGAUAUGAACACCACUUGUGUAACAGAACAAGUGACUAUUUCACCAAACAUUGAGAUUGCAUCUGGUGAAGAAAGAGUUGUCAAGCUACAAGACGAUGCGAAAAAUAUAAGUAGAGUCUAUCAAUCAGUCUAUGGCAUGUGGGAUCCUGUGAUUUGAAGCAUAAACCAUUGAAAGUGUCAAUCUUUUCCUCGGACGUGCCUUGGAAUAUGAGAUGAUAUCCUGCUUUUGUCCAUAGUUCUUUUGUGUUCCUUUCUUUUCCAUAACGGUUCCUCUGUGUUCCUUUCUUUUCCAGUUUUCCCCAUUGGUUCUCUUCAGAAUCCAGGCUCAAUCUGAGUCGACUGUCACCCUGAGCUCAAGCAUCAAGCGCAGUUUGUACAACUUCAUAGUUUUCCAUGCGCAUGUUGGAAGGUUGUUCAA